AUGCAAACACACGAACUCGCCGGCCACUUCAAGCGGUGGUAUGGAACGACCUUCCGAGAGAGCCUUGCCGUCCAGACGGCGGCGACCUUAAUCGGCAGUCUGGCGUUGUUCCUCUCUGCUAUUCCGAUGAGCUACAACAUUCGUCUCUUUGGGAGCGACAUUUCCGCCUCCAAGCGAACCUAUGCGCUCGGCUUCGCCAGCGCCCUCUUCGGUGUCUUCUUCUCGAUUCCCUUCAGGCUCUUCUUUGUCUUGCGCAAUCGAAUCCAGUACCAGGCCUGGUCUGGAUCGUCGUGUCGGCCAUGGCAAGUCUCGCCCUUGCCCACCGACCAAGUCCCAGCUGGCAGCGAGUUUCCGGCUCUCAGCUCCCAUGAGAACGGUCCGGUCGAUGCGAGCGCGGCAGCCAACAGAGUCCAAGCGGCCCAUCUAACCGCCCAGCAUAGCGAAGUCUGGACGAUCCACUCGUACGAAGGAAAAAGCACAACGGUGGUCAUGAACAAAACCCGGGCCAACAUCAUCAUUGUAUCUGUCGGCAUGAUGCUGUCGGUUAUUUGGUGCAUCUUGGCACACUUUGCCCCUGGACUGUUCGGCUCCUGGCAUGUCUUUGCAUGGCUGUACGGCCUCGGAUGGACCGAUGCACAACGGCCCGAAAACUGGGGCUGGUUCAUCAGCUGGUCGCCGGCCUUCUUUGGAGCCGGGAUGAUAUUCGGCCCUCGUCUGACGGGCUCCAUGAUGCUCGGGUCUGUGCUUUCGUGGGGAUUGGUCGGCCCGGUCCUGGUCGGCGUCGGCCUAUGCGCGGGUGUUCCCUCCAGCAGCGAUCCAAACGUCAUCCAGUAUUUCACUCCAAGCCCACCAUCGCCCCGAAACUGGAUGCUCUGGCCCGGGGCCACGAUACUGCUGUGCGCCGCUCUCACCGAAAUUGUCCUCAACAUCCACCCGAUCUGGACACAUUUCAAGCACAGCUUAGAAAUCAUCUCCAUGAACAUGGCCUCGCUCCUUCGAAUCCGUCUCUAUGUCGACGAGAAGCGACAUCAGCUCGGAGUGGCUGCCGAAGAUAUGAUGCCAGCAUGGCAGUGGCUCUUUGGGCUGACCAUCUCGUUUUUCAUGGUCGUUGUCACGCUGAAUGCACAGUUCCCGAUCCCGGCGGGCGAUAUCAUCUUUGGAUUUCUGUGCGCAUUCAUCUUCGCCUUUGUCGGGAUCGAAAAUGCCAACGCAGCCGAAGGCGACAUUUUGAAUUCAGCCGAGCCCGAUUAUCCGAGUGAUCCAAGCGGUCCAAAGGAUUCGGAGGAUGCAACCCUGGGCUCCAAGACAUCCAUGGAUCAGCCCAAGCCGCCUGCUGCCAUGCGACCGACAAUCCGAGCCCAGUGCUGUUCGACCCUGCUCGGAUCCAUUAUCGGCAUGAUCUUGGCUGGAUGCCUGCUUAUCCUCAUGGCCAACGCCUAUCCGUGCCUGUUGGAUUUGAACCUGGAUGAGGGCUGUGCCUUUGAUCUGCUCGGGAUCGGCGCGUGGUCGGCGAUCACAAAGUCACUCACAUCCGACUCUGCCCAGCCCAUCCAACUCAGCUCUGCCAUCCUUUCGCUCGUCCUUGUCUUGAUCUACCCGGCCUUGGAGUACUACAAACGCCGGGUACCUUGGCGGUACCGGCGGUAUCUGCCGAGUCCACCCGCCGUCGGCAUCGCGAUGCUGCUCGGUGGCGGCCAGUACUCGGUGGUGAUGUCUCUCGGUGUCCUGACGGCCCUGUUGUGGGAGCGGGUCAACGUCAAUUCAUGGCUGCUGUGGGGCUGGGCCUUGGCCACCGGCCUCAUCUUCGGCGAGGGCAUAGCAGCAAUAUUCACAGCUGGUCUGAAGGUCGGGGGUGUUGUCGGCGGUGCGUUUGUGACGCCGAUUCUAUGUCCAGCGAGUGCACAGGGCUGUCCAAGAACUUAA